GACGGGCGUUCGUACUGUGUUCAAAAAUGAAUUUUGAACAUGAAAUAAUUUUAUUUUUAUACGUUUUGAGUAUUUUGAGUUCUGUAACUUGUGACCUGCAGCUCCCUGAAGGUUCCUCAUGUGUCACAAAAGGACUCACAGGCACUUGUGUGAAUAUAUUCAAGUGCAAUUCAGCUGCUCUGUCCUACUUAUUUGCAAACGCGGGCUACGAUGUUGUAGAGUACGAGAUUCCUGAACUGCCUGAAAUCUGUUCUUAUAGGGACAAUGAACCAGUCGUGUGCUGCACCGACUGCGAGAUUGGAGAGGAGAAAUAUCGCAACACAGCCGUAGGCCCAUCUGGAGGUCUGGUGCACACAGAACAUUCGGUUGCUAAAGAGAAAUGCUACGAAUACUUCCAAAGGCUUCCAUUCAAGUGCCGUUUUCCUGGCUACUUCACGUUAACUAAGGAAUGGAUUGAACACCUGAAAUGCCAUAAUUAUACUUUAGGUACAAAAUACGUGGGUUUCACUACAGGGGGACGGAAUGCAGAACGAUGGGAGUUUCCACACGUGGCUUUGAUCGGAUAUGGGAACGACGUGGAUUCUGCGCAGUGGUUAUGUGGAGGCUCUGUCAUCAGCGAGAGGUACAUCCUCACUGCUGCACACUGCACUUCGACUAGAGUGCUGGGCAAAAUAUCGUUCGCUGCCCUCGGCUUGCUAAGACGUUCUGACCCCAAGGAAUAUUGGAAGAUAUACAGAAUUAAGAAAAUCAUCGUCCACCCGCAAUACAAAGCACCUUCCAAGUACCACGAUAUUGCACUUCUCGAGACAGAAACUGAGAUAGCAUUCGGAAAUGACUUAUUACCAGCUUGCCUAGACACUGGUACCCAGUGGAAAGUGGUGGCUGGUGCAUCCGGAUGGGGGCGUCUCGGACACAGACAAGCUUUAGCUGAUACCCUGCAAGUGGUGGAUUUAGAAGAGUUCAAUGAAACGGAAUGUUCUUCCAUAUUUCCACCUCACAGACACCUGAACCGUGGCUAUGACCACAAUACCCAGAUGUGCUAUGGAUCCAAAUUUGAAGUUGUGGAUACCUGCGAGGGGGACAGUGGUGGCCCGCUCCAAGGUCACUCCUCCAAGUGCCUCUACACCAUCGUGGGAGUGACAUCAUACGGCAAGGACUGUGGCAUCCUGGGCUCAGCAGGCAUGUACACCAGAGUCUCCCACUAUGUACCCUGGAUUGAGAGCAUCGUCUGGCCCGAAGAAACUGAAGCCAGAAGGAAUAGGGUGCAACAAUUAUUCAACUGACUUUUUGUACCAUGGAGAACAAAAUGACUAGUGGAGAUGCCAUAACGAAUAAUCUUCUGAGAAAGUAGCGCGCCAAAAUGCGGGUUAGCGGGGUACUAGGAACGUUACUGUCUCCGACCUUAUACGCCUUCUUUGGACCCGACCUUUUUUUUGUAAUACUUACCAAAAAUCGUUGAUGUCUUGACUUAAGGAGCCCGAAGGCCUUGUUGGUUCACGUGUAAUUGGACGUUUUGAUCCUGCCCACCAGACGUAUUUGACCGAGAAGAAGGCGCCUGAACUAACUGCGUUAUGGCAUCUCCGCUCAUCUUUCCUUCCUCCGUGCUUUAUAUAUAUUUAUACCUACCCUUCAGAUUAUUAACGAUCAGUUUAGAUAUUAGAUGGCGAAGUAGUCAGUGUGUCUGGCUGUCACGCUGGAAGGACGUGGGUUCUAUUCCUGCAUAAGUCAAAUAUGACUCGAGUGUUUUAGUCUAGAUAUUUUUUGUACAUGUAAAGUAUGUAUUAAAGAAACAUUUAUA